GGCCACGAAUUUGACGGCAAUACCUCGAGUGAGCUUUUGCUAUGUUUCAUUGUAUUCCAUUUAGAAAACAUGGGUGAUCGUGGUUGGUGAAGCGAUAGUACUAUAUCAGGGUCUCUCCGCCAUCGCCAUCUGAAAAUGUUUAACGCGCUAAAGAAAUGGGCGAAAGGGGGCAAUGAAGAUUCCAAACUCAACACUCCAUUGGGAGUGCGUGCGAUGGGCCAGGCGUUACAACGAAAGUUUGCCCGGGGCGUUCAGUAUAAUAUGAAAAUAGUUAUAAAAGGAGACAGAAACACUGGAAAGUCCUGUUUGUUUCAAAGACUUCAAGGAAGACCAUUCAAUGAACAGUAUAUUCCAACAAAUGAAAUUCAGGUUGCAAGCAUACACUGGAAUUACAGAACCACUGAUGAUGUUGUGAAGGUGGAAGUCUGGGAUGUUGUAGACAAAGGGAAGAGAAAAACAUCUCACUCCAGCAGUCUCAAGCUAGAGAAUGAUACAAAGGAUAAGGCUGAAAAAGAUGGCACAGUUUUAGAUGCAGAGUUUGUUGAUGUAUACAAAGGAGCUCAUGGUGUUCUGAUGGUGAUGGACAUCACCAAACCAUGGACUUUUAAAUAUUUGGAGAGAGAACUUCCAAAAGUUCCAGCUCAUAUCCCUGUCCUUGUGCUGGCCAACCACCGUGACAUGGAAGAACAUAGAUUAAUCCCUUCGGAAGAGGUCAUUGCAUUCAUUGAACAUAUGGAGAGACCUGACAGGUGCCCUCCUGUGCAUUAUGCUGAGACCUCCAUGAAGAACGGCUUUGGACUGAAAUACAUUCACAAGUUUCUUAAUCUACCUUUCUUAUUGUUACAGAGAGAAACUCUUAUGAAACAGUUGCAAGUCAAUGCAGAAGACACCGAGUCAACUCUUGAAGAACUGCAGAUUCACAAGGAAUCCGAGGAGCAGAACUACGAAAAGUUUGUGAGCUUGAUGGACCGAAGGAGAAAAGAACACGAAGCCAAGAAGGCUGCCGCCGCGGCUGCUGCUGCAGAAGCAGAUGGUGAAAAGACCGUGUCACCAGGUUCUCCUUCAGAAGAUAACAGAACAGGGAAAACUCCGAGUGGCGGUACUACCUCUAACGGAAGUUCUCUUAACGAGAAGGCGUCGCAGAAAAUGCCGUCAGCAACAAGUCAGGAACCUGAUAAUGAAGCAGCUCUGCCUCAGAAUGGCUUGACACAUUCCUCCACCAACAUCGACGAGUUUAUACCCGAGGAUGAAUUAGACGCAGGGUUUUUAGAUGAAGACGGAGGGCCAAGAGGUAAAAAGCGCACAAAUAAAUCUGCAGCUAAGAAACCGCCGCCGAAACCUGUGGAAGCGGAACAGAACGAGAGUGACGAUAGUGAAAGUGACAGUGAAGGACGUAACCCAAUGGUGGCGGGAUUUGCUGAGGACAUAGACUCCGACGAUGAAGAUAUCCCACCUGUUGUUAACAAUCACGUUGAUGAAGAACUCGAUGAUGAUCCUUUUACAACACCAAAGAAAUCCAACACAGCCUUGACUGUUGAGUUAACUUCAAGCGAGGAAGACAUAGAAGACGAAGAGGACAAAGUUGAGGUGGAAAAGAGAAAUGAUGGAAUGAAGAAAGGAAAGGAGGAACUGAAGACUGAUGAAACGCAAAAAAGGGAAAGUGGAUCCAUGAAGUUAGGCUUUGAAAUACCAGUCAAGUCUCUGAUGACAGAAGAACCUGUUGUAGAUGGUCUUGGUCUUGCAACAGACGACGUCGAUGAUUGGCUGAACUCGCCUGAUACAAAUCCCAAGACUCCGUUUCGUGCUGACAAAGACUACAAUACAAGAAAAAGCGACACUCCUGUCAUACCGGCAGAUGAUUGGGAACAGUUCAUGGCUUCACAAAUGAAGCAACAAACCAGAGUAGCGAAAACUGCAUCUAACUCUUUAAUAGACAUGGGCCUCGAUGGAGAAGACAAUGGAGAUACAAAUGAAGAAAGUAGAAGCCGUAAAAAGAAAGAGCACAAGAGUGGCGAGAAAUCUAAAAGUAAACAUAAACGAAAGCAUAAGGAUAAAGGGGAAGACGGAGAGGAUAGUGAAAAGAAGGAGAAAGAUAAAGAGAGGCGAAAAUCGCGACAUCGAGAAACCGAUGAAGGAAAGGACAGGAGGAGAAGUCGAGACGACGAAGGCGAAAAGAAAAAGAAACAUCGUAGCAAGCACGGUAAAGGGAAAAGCGAGGAUGGUGUGCAAGGUGGCGUGACAUAUGAGGAACUAUGAUACAAAAGGGUUCCCUUCGUUUUGGUGUCUACCUUGCCUCCUCUGCCAUCAAGUGUCACGGUGAUGAUCUAAUUAAACCAAGAGUGUAUCUGACCGCGAUGAAAAACAAAAAUGGGCUUGAACAAAGCUGGAUAUGCAGUUGGUAUACUGCUGAAUAUGUUGCUGAAAUGACUCAGCUAUGUCCACUGUCUGUUGAUGUAUUUUAUACCAAAUUGAAAUUGCUGAAACUUAGUGCGAUCACAAUAUGGUUGAGCAAGAUCCCUAAUUGCGGAAAGCUGAAUGUAAACUUGCAUCGAGGUGGUGAGACAGCGCUUUGCAAUGAAUAAUCUCGUAUUCCUAAUUUUUUACGUAUGAACGCAAAUGACAUUUUGUAAGUUUGUUUUCUAAAGAUGAAUAAUUAUUUGUGUUAGGCUGCAACAAAUUAUGUAAUAGGGAGACUGAACCGACCAAAUGCUUAUUCUAAUCCCUUAAUAAGCAUUCUGUGAAGUUUGUUUCAAGUAGGAUGUUUUUGUGUUAGUUCUCGUUUUAGUGAAUGGCUAAAAUUUUUCUUAUUCGCGUAUUGCGACGUUUAUACCCAACACCUCGCGUGUUGCUGUAGAGAACCUACAUCAUCAAAUUUAUCCCUAAAGUAUCACCCCUGAAUCAAAUAAUAAGGUUAUGAGGAUAAAGAAAACUUUCAUCUGUGAUCGUGAACUCAAGAGCUCUUGAUUGUUCGACAAAUUCUCCUUCCAAGUACCAUGAGAAACGCACGGAGAACAGUGAGGAGA